UUACACAGGCUUUUUGGUGGCAGUGCUAGACGACUUUUUCUGCUGAUCAGAAAACGUAUCUGCAUAAAAACGGAACAGAACAUUUAGACAGAAGCAGAAAUAAACUUUUAGUGUGAUCAUUUGGAUUGUUGAACAGCUUGGAUUCUCAGAUAACUAGUAAGAUUUGACAAUGAAGUGUGCAUGGCUAACCAUGGCUGCUCUUCUGCAUUUCCCAGGCCUGACAAGCACGCUGGAAUCAGCCGAUGGAUGCGAAUCUCAGCCCACGUGCAAUCAGUGCCUGCAGAGCCCUGGCUGUGCUUGGUGCAAACAGAAGGACUUUCUGAAGUCUGGGGAAUCAAACGAGAGACGUUGUGAUACUCCGGAGGCCCUCGAAAAGAGACGCUGUAGUGAAAAGAACAUUUUUAACCCUGAGCCAUCUGUAGAUCCCCUUAAAGACGCGGAGCUUCAAAAUAAGAAGGAAAAUGUGGUUCAACUUCGGCCGCAAAACCUCAACUUAAAGCUUCGGGUUGGGGUUCCAGAAACCUUCACAGUAACAUUCAAACGGGCAGAGGGCUACCCUAUUGACUUGUACUACCUCAUGGACUUGUCCUACUCAAUGCAAGAUGACCUUGAGAAAAUCAAGACUCUGGGUCAAGAGAUCCUUAACACUCUUAUGAGAGUCACAAAUAAGGUCAGGAUUGGUUUUGGGUGCUUUGUGGACAAAGUAGGCAUGCCUUAUGUUAGCACAGUGAAAGCAAAGUUGGCUAACCCCUGUCCCAGCCGCCUUGACACCUGUCAGCCAGCCUUCAGCUUCAGAAAUGUGCUUCGGCUCACUGAAGACGCCAGAGAGUUCAGAGAGCAGGUCAGCAAGCAGAUCAUCUCAGGCAACCUGGAUUCCCCUGAGGGUGGCUUUGACGCCAUGAUGCAAGUUGCAGUCUGUCAGGAUGAGAUUGGCUGGGGUAAUGUGACCCGUAUUCUGGUCUACACAUCUGAUGACACUUUCCACAUGGCUGGUGAUGGCAGACUGGCAGGAAUCUACCAGCCCAAUGAUGGGAAAUGUCACCUAAACCGUUAUGGACUUUAUGACAAGGGCAAUGAAUACGACUACCCCUCAGUUGGUCACCUUUCCCGGGUUCUCUCGGCCAACAAUAUUCAGCUCAUUUUCGCUGUUACGGAGAAGAGCGUUCCAGCCUAUAAGGCACUGAGUGAGCUCAUCCCUCAGUCGGUGGUGGGGGAACUGAAGAAUGACUCCAGCAAUGUGGUACAGCUCAUCUCAGAGGCUUACGGGAACCUGUCAUCCACUGUCUUACUGGAGCACCUGGAGGCACCACAGGGCCUGAACAUCUCUUUCAAAUCCCACUGUGGCAAUGGAGAGCCUAGCGACUGGAAGAAGAGUGGCAAAUGCAACAACGUUAAGAUCGAGCAGCAGGUGAGCUUCACUGUAAGUGUGACUGCCUCCACUUGCCUGUCGAAGAAGGAAUUGUUCUUUGUCAAGGUGCAGGGAAUUCGCGAUCAGCUGAAGGUCAACGUAGAAACGCUGUGUGCCUGCAAUUGUGGAGACCGGGAGGAGGGAUCCCCCAGCUGCAAUGGGAAUGGGAACCUCGAGUGCGGAGUCUGCAGCUGCAACAAAGGACACUUGGGGCAGAAGUGUGAAUGUCAACGGCAGGGGGCCAGAAACACAACGCUUACCAUGGAAGCCUUAUGCCGACGGGAAAAAGACUCCCAGCUAUGUAGCGGUCAGGGCAUCUGUGAGUGUGGCACCUGUGUGUGCAGGGGGCACUUCAGGGGCAAUUUCUGUGAAUGCGAUGACUCCAGCUGCGGGCGCCAUAACAACAAGAUUUGCAAUGGCCAAGGAAUAUGUGACUGUGGCACUUGUAAGUGUCACGCUAACUACAUUGGCCCAACCUGCGAAUGUUCUACCAAAACGGAUAAGUGUACGAACAAAGACAACGUGCUGUGCAACAACCACGGCGACUGUGAAUGCAACAGGUGCAAGUGCCAUGCAGGCUUCAUCCAUGACUUCUGUACAGAACUUGUGGCACCUUGCAAAACAUACCAGAAAUGUGUCACGUGUACAGUAAAUAAUGAAUUAAAGGCUGGCGACGUGGGAAACUGCACCAAAGAAUGUGGGUCUGCCAAGCUUGUCCAUAUCCAAGAACCUACGCAGUUCUAUUGCCAAAAUGACUCAAUUACUUUCAAAGUGGAACUGGAUUCUAGAAAUGGUAAUGUCGAGAUCUCAUAUGCCAAUGCUCCCGGAGCUAUUGACAUGACUGCUCUGGUUUUGGGUUCUUCGGUGUCUGGUGUCGUCCUCAUUGGCAUUGCUAUCAUCAUCAUCUACCGGGUGCUUUUAGAGGUAUACGACCGCAGGGAGUACCGCAGAUUCUUGCUUGAGCAGCAAAAUGUUCAGUGGAAAGAGAACCAAAACCCAUUGUUCAAGGAUGCCACGACAACCGUCUUCAACCCUUUACAUUCGGAAUAUUGAGACUCCAUUUAUUUGGCUGUUUUUUUGGGAUGUUUUGUGAUCAUUUAUUGUUCUCCUGCAUUUCUAAUAAAUGCUACCCAAGGUAUUUAUUUUUUAUAUGUACAAAAAUUAACUUCUUAAUACUUGGCUGGAUUUGAGUUGCCUGGUUUGUUCAAGAACCAGACAUCCUCCUAAUUAGACCACAGUUCAUUGUAAAAUGCUGGAGUCUGAGACAACACAUGUUAGACAUAAUUCGUGCAUGUUCAUUUUGUGCUGUAAUUAAGAUUUUUUUCUUGAAUUUAUUACUUUUAAU